AUGUUCAGAGCCUCAUUGAACGAGUUGCGCCUUGGCCCGAUUCAUAUAAAAAGCCACCGACUAGCUUACGCCCUCGUCCUCUCCACUCAUAAGCUUCGGCCUUAUUUCCAAGCUCACACCGUCGACGUGCUCACCAAUCAGCCCCUACGCCAAGUCCUACAGAAGCCAGAGACAUCGGGACGCCUGAUCAACUGGGCCAUCGAGCUUGGUGAUUUUGACAUUCACUACCACCCUCAACCUGCUGAAAAAGGACAAGUCAUAGCCGAUUUCAUCUCAGAACCGACGCCAUCAGAAGGCGUACGACUGGCCGAUCCCAUCCCUGAAUUGCCCUCGACGGCCUUGGACAAUCAUCCUGUAGAAAAGGCAUUUGAUCCAAUGAUCCCUUAG